UCCAAAAAGCAAAUCUAGAAAACACAACACGCUCAAGAUUGGAGAGCCAAAAAGCAAAUAUUAGAAAAUGAUUUCUGGGGUCUCUUCUUCUUGUUUCCCGAAUGUGACACAAGGCUCAAAAAUGUAUUCUGUGGCCGAGGACGUUGUUUCAUCUUCUAUGGAAGUAAGUUCAGGUCCAGAUACUCACUCUAAUUCUCUUCUUUACACUCUUUCUUUGCUUAAAGACAAGGUCCAUCAGGUUCAAUCUGUCGUCGGCAUUCUCAUCUCCCCAGAUCAUCAAAAUCAGCCUGAGUCGACCUCCAUAGCUGUGGCCAGCAUGGGUUCUUUAGUUCAAGAAAUAAUCGCGGCGGCUUCUUCAAUGUUGUUCACUUGCCAGCAAAUGACUCUUCGAUCCCCUCCAGGUAACAAUAACACAAAUAUUGAAUUGCACCAACAUCAUGAUGUUAAAGUUGCUGAUGCCGCCGCAGGAUUAUCGCAACCAAAUAAUUUUGAUGGCAAUAUUAAUAAUCGUUUCGGUAACAUCGGCCAAGAAAGAGGGCAACAAGGUUUCUGUUCUAGUGUGAGUUUCGAUUGGUAUGGCGACAAUAUCUACAACUAUGGUACGAACGAUAAUAGUCAAGGCACGCAUAAUCCGAGCAACGAUAAUAGAGUUGAAACUGAUCAUGAAGCGAGGGAAUUGUCGCGAGGCGUUGAGUUUAGUGAAGGUCAUGAAGGAUCACAGGGGCUUUCUUCAAGCAGUAAUGAUAUUAUCGAAUUGAAUGCGGCUGAUUUAUUAGCCAAGUACACACAUUAUUGUCAAGUUUGUGGUAAGGGUUUCAAGAGAGAUGCAAAUUUGAGAAUGCAUAUGAGAGCUCAUGGUGAGGAAUACAAGACUAGCGCAGCCUUGACAAAUCCUUUGAAGAACAUGAAUGUAACAAUGGGAAACAAAGAGUCUGCCAUGAAAAUUACUAGAAAAUAUUCAUGUCCGCAAGAAGGGUGUAGGUGGAACAAGAAACAUGCCAAAUUCCAACCACUGAAAUCGAUGAUUUGUGUGAAGAACCACUACAAGAGGAGCCAUUGCCCCAAGAUGUAUGUUUGCAAGAGAUGCAAUAGGAAGCAAUUCUCGGUGCUUUCUGAUCUUCGGACUCAUGAAAAGCACUGUGGGGAUCUCAAAUGGCAGUGCUCAUGCGGUACCACAUUCUCCAGGAAGGACAAACUAAUGGGUCAUGUUGCUUUGUUUGCUGGGCACACCCCACUCAUCAUUGCUAAUUUGAAGAAGCCCGGAAAAGUACUGGACCACCAAUUACCACAAAUAUACAACUAGAUAAUAGGCCGGGGUUGAUCAAUGAUGCGGAGUACUGACUAGUAUGGCUUCUAUUCUCCGUGAAAAUGGGUUUGUGUUUCUUUUGGUAAGCUCAUGUAUGACUCUUAAAGGUGUAGCAGUACUUUUUUUUCUUUCUUUAGCGAUAUACUCUAUAUAUUGUAUACGAAUGAACACUGAAAUGGUAUUAAUUUAUAG